AUGUCUACUGAGCUUUGCCCCGUUUAUGCGCCCUUCUUUGGCGCCAUGGGUUGCACCUGUGCCAUUGUCUUCACCUGCCUGGGUGCCUCGUACGGUACCGCCAAGUCUGGUGUUGGUAUUGCCGCCAUGGGUGUUCUCCGCCCUGACCUUAUCGUCAAGAACAUUGUUCCCGUUAUUAUGGCUGGUAUCAUUGGUAUCUACGGCCUGGUCGUUUCCGUCCUCAUUUCCGAUGGCUUGACGCAGAAGCUUCCCCUCUACACUGGUUUCAUCCAGCUCGGUGCUGGUCUCUCUGUCGGUCUCGCUGGUCUUGCUGCUGGUUUCGCCAUUGGUAUCGUCGGUGAUGCCGGUGUCCGCGUCCUCGGUCUAUACGGUCUCAUUGUUGCCCUGCUCAUGAACUCCAAGGCAACCACGGACGUCAGCUGUUAA